AUGGACGACAACCUCCUCGCUACCCCCGCCACAAGGCCGACUUUCUCGCCCAGGCAGAUUGCUGCCUUCUACUUCAAGCCCUGCCUGGGCGAGGAGGGAGAGGCAACGGGCUAUUACGCCUGCAAGACCUGCGCUAAGCGCCGCAAGCACGCGCCCAAGUCGGGCUACAGCAACUUGGUGUCGCACGUGCGUACAGCGCAUCCCAACUACGAGAGCGACAUGCGCGACGCCAGUGUUGCUGCGACGGGGACCCUGUUGCCAUGGGUCACUCAGAAAGCCUCGAACCGCUACGCGUGGUUGCGCUGGGUUGUCACUGGCAAUUUGCCUCUGUCAUUCUGCGAAUCCAAGGAAACGCGACAGUACACGAAGCUAAAUCCCAUGUCUGUGGAGACACUGACGGCCACUAUGGAGGCUGUGACCAAGGCCGUGGAGAAGAAGCUCGGGGCCUCUAUGCCCGAGCAUUUUGGUCUCAUCCUCGUCGGCUGGACGCACAAGACGGAGCACUACAUGGCGGUCUACGGCUGCUUCGAGACGGCCUCCGGUCCUCAGUACCCACUGCUGUCGCUAGCGCCUGUCAUGGAUGAGCCUGAUGACCAUCUGAGUGCUGACGGCCAUCUGACGGCAAUCAAGCGAUUUCUCCCUUUUUUUGGUAAGUCGAUAUCCGGUUGUCUCUUCCUCGUAGUCGACAACUGCACCGUAAACAAGCGGCUGGCGAACCUACUUGGCGUACCGUUAAUCGGCUGCGCUAGCCACAGGCUCAACUUGGCGGUGCGGGACUACCUGGAGCCCCACGACAAUAUUCUUGAAAAAGUGCAGCAGCUUAUGCGUAAGUUGCGCACUCUCAAGCAAGCGGCCAAGUUGCGGUAA